AUGGAGGCCCGCCUGAGCCUCGCCGUGCUCGUCGUCGCCGUGCUGGCGGCGGCGACAGUCUCUGCUCUGUCGGACACGGAGGCAUCCUACAUAGCGCAGCGCCAGCUCCUCAGCCUCGAGGAAGGCGACGGCAACCUCCCGGAGGACUUCGCGUUCGACAUCCACGUCGACGUCACCUUCGCCAACGAGCGCCUCCGCCGUGCCUAUGUCGCGUUCCAGGCGUGGCGCAAAGCCAUAUACUCCGACCCCAAGAACUUCACCGGCGGGUGGGUCGGCCCCGACGUGUGUAGCUACUUUGGUGUCACCUGCUCGACCGCCCUGGACGACCCAAAUGUCAACGUUGUCGCCUCGGUGGACCUCAACGGCGGCGACAUAGCCGGGUACCUCCCGACCGAGCUCGGCAUGCUAACGGACAUCGCGGUGUUCCACAUCAACUCCAACCGCUUCUGCGGGAUAAUCCCGGAGAGCUUCUCCCGCCUCACAAUCCUCCACGAGUUCGACGCCAGCAACAACCGCUUCGUCGGCGGCUUCCCCGCGGUGGUGCUCAAGAUCCCCGUGCUCAAGUACGUGGAUAUCCGGUUCAACAACUUCGAGGGCGAGCUCCCGCCGGGGCUGUUCGACAAGAGCUUCGACGCCAUCGUCGUCAACAACAACCGCUUCGUCGGCUUCAUCCCGGAGAACAUCGGCAACUCGACGGCGUCCCUCGUGGUGCUCGCCAACAACGAGUUCGUCGGCUGCAUCCCCCGCAGCGUUAGCCGCAUGGCGGACACGCUCGACGAGCUCAUGCUCCUCAACAACCGCCUCGACGGCUGCAUCCCGCCGGAGCUCGGCGAGCUCGUCAACACCACGGUGGUGGACGUCAGCGGCAACGCCCUCGUGGGUACGCUGCCCGACGAGCUCACCAACAUGACAAGACUGGAGCAGCUCGACGUGUCGAGGAACCUGCUCGCCGGCGCCGUUGCGGAGCCCGUCUGCAAGCUGCCGGCGCUCGCCAAGUUCAGCUUCGCGAACAACUACUUCAAAGAGGAGGCUCCGGCGUGUGUGCCGACCGUCGAGGGGGAGGUGGCGCUGGACGACCUGGGCAACUGCCUCGCCGGUCGGCCAGGGCAGAAGACGGCGCUCGAGUGCGGCCCCGUGCUCGCGCGGCCCGUCGACUGCCGCACCAAUGUCUGCUCGGCGCGCCCGUCAAAGCCAACGCCAGUCACUCCCACGCCGGUGCCAAAGCCAUUAAAGCCAACGCCGGUGCCCACAAAACCAGAAACACCGUUGAUUGGGCCGCAGUUGCCGCCGCCCCCACCGCAAAAGCCAGAAAUCCCACCGCCUUCGCUGUCUCCCGCUUCCGCCCCCGAGCUUGGACCAAUUGUCGGCCCAGAUCUACCUCCGCCACCUCCACCACUUCCAGUGAGCUCGCCGCCACCGCCCGUGAAAUCUCCUCCUCCACCGGCACCGGUGAGCUCGCCUCCGCCACCACUCAAAUCCCCACCACCACCUGCGCCGGUGAGCUCUCCUCCGCCACCCGUCAAAUCGCCACCUCCACCAUCGCCACCACCACCAGUUAAAUCCCCUCCACCACCGGCUCCAGUGAGCUCUCCCCCUCCUCCUCCAGUGAAAUCUCCGCCACCACCGGCACCUGUCAGCUCCCCACCUCCACCUGUGAAAUCCCCGCCACCACCAGUACCCUUGAGCCCUCCACCUCCACCAGUGAAGUCCCCGCCACCACCGGCUCCAGUGAGCUCGCCGCCUCCACCAGUAAAAUCCCCUCCCCCACCGGCACCAGUAAGCUCUCCGCCUCCCCCAGUGAAAUCCCCUCCACCACCAGCGCCAGUGAGUUCUCCACCUCCACCAGUGAAAUCGCCACCACCACCGGCACCAGUAAGCUCUCCACCACCACCGGUAAAGUCCCCUCCCCCGCCGGCGCCAGUCAUCUCUCCUCCUCCUCCAGUACCAUCUCCACCACCCCCAGCUCCAGUGAGGUCACCACCUCCCCCAGUAUUCUCCCCACCACCACCAGUUGUUCAUUCGCCUCCGCCACGGCCGCCAUCACUGCCUCCACCAGCCCCACAAGACUUCAUAUUGCCGCCGAUCACAGCGCAGAACUACGCGUCACCGCCGCCGCCUCAAUUCCAAGGAUACUAAUCGCGAUAGAAGCUGGCGAAAUACCAUGGGGACGACGAGGAGCCAUC